AUGGCGAAUGAUCAACAACAGCUUGCAUUAAUUGAAAAACCUUUACAUCUUAGUUAUUUACGAGAUUUUCGUGUUGAACAAUGUCAAUUAUUUCUUCAACAUAAAUGUACUCAACAUCGCCCUUUUUCAUGUUUUUAUUGGCAUUUUCAAAAUCAACGUCGUCGACGUCCUUUUCGUCGAGCAGAUGGCACAUUUUCAUAUGAUCCAGAUUUUUAUUGUAAUGAUUACGAUGAACAAAGUGGUGUUUGUCGAAAUGGUGAUGAGUGA